ACAACAUGGCUGCAUGGAUGAAGAAUACUUCAAAUGUUCUGUUACCUUUUUGUUUUUUCUGCAUAGAUUUGAUUUUUAAAUUAAUUUAAUUAAACACUGUUCCUACAUAUGUUUCGUGGAUGUCAAUAUUUAAUAAGCAUGGCCACAGUUUUUACAAUCUGUGCUGCACUUCUCUGUGUUGUGAAUGCGGGACCUGUGGUUUUGCCGGACCAAUAUGCACGAGGAGUGGACUGGUUAGUUCGAUACGGAUAUUUGCCAUCUCCAGAAUCUCUUGGUCGACUUCAGACCAAGGAGAGCAUUGAAGAAUCUGUCCGUAAAAUGCAGCGUUUUGCUGGUAUUGAAGAGACUGGGAAACUAGAUCAACCCACACUUGAGUUGAUGGCCAGACCUCGAUGUUCUCUGCCGGACUUCUCUGAAAAUCUGUAUAAGGGAAAGACAAGAGAUAGAGGAAACCUGGGGAGAUACACUCUGACAGGACUUAGAUGGGAUAAGACUGACAUCACCUGGAGCAUACACAAUUUUCCCUCCCCUUCCAUUUCUCCUAAUCUAAAGCCAGGGCUGGUUAGGCUCAUUAUGACCUACGCCCUCAAAGUAUGGAGUGAUGUCACACCUUUGCGUUUCCAAAGCAUCAACCCUUCAUCUUAUGGCCCAUCACCACAGAUAGACAUCAACGUUACCUUUUCCAGUGGCUACCAUGAAGAUGGAUAUGCUUUUGAUGGCAAAGGUGGCACACUAGCACAUGCAUUUUUCCCAGGAAAGGAAGACAUUGCAGGUGAUGCGCACUUUGAUGAUGAAGAGAGCUGGACCUAUGGAGACUGGAGCAGCAACUCAGAUUUGUUUACAGUUGCAGUGCAUGAGUUUGGUCAUGCUUUAGGUCUAUUGCACUCCUCCUCCAAAGACUCCAUCAUGAAGCCUUAUUAUUAUGGUCCUGUGGGGGACAUGCAUAGCUAUAAGUUAUCCCCUGAUGACAUAAUGGGAAUACAGACCCUCUAUGAUUUUAAACAACGCUAUGUCUCUAAUGCUUUUUUUACCAGCUCAAAGCCAUCUGCUGAUCGCUGUCAAGGAGGUUUUGAUGCUAUUGCUAACAUUAGACAAGAGGUUUUCUUCUUCAGAGGUCCACACUUUUGGAGAGUGCUUCAGUCGGGGGCAUUAAUGUCCAUGACUCCAGCUUUGAUCCACAACUUUUGGAUCGGUUUGCCUCCAGAAAUAGACCAAGUUGAUGCCGUAUACGAGAGAAGAGAUGGAUAUAUUGUAUUCUUUUCUGGUAAUCAGUACUGGGUAUUUAAAAACACAAUGUCUCUUCCUGGGUACCCACGACCACUUGCAGAAUGGGGUUUACACACAUCUUUGGGAGAAGUACCAGAGAGAGUUGAUGCAGUAUUUAGAUGGCCACACAAUGGGAAAACCUACCUGUUCAGUGGAGGGGAAUACUGGAGGUUUGAUGAAACAGGAACAGAGAGGAAGCUAGAGGAUGGGUACCCUAAACUGACCUCUGUCUGGGGGAUCCCUUCCCAUCCUGAUGAUAUCAUUGGAUUUCUUGAUGGAGAGACAUACUUCUUUAAAGGCACAAAUUAUUGGACGUUAAAAAGAGGAGCACUGGACCAGGAAUCUGCAUCCCCAAAAUCCAUAGCUGCUGACUGGAUGAAAUGUGACGUUCUCAUUUCACCUCACACACCUGAGAUGCCCAAAGAAGAUAAAGUCUGCUGUGCUAACAACACAGCGACUACGAUUGAUGUUUUAUCAGUUGGGAUGUAUUCAAAAAUCAUAAUAUUUAUUCUGGUUAUGUCAUUGAAUUGCUGA